ACGGUCCGGGCGGAAACAUGGCGGCGGCCCGGCAGUUCCGGGCUUGCUCCUGCUUCUUCUCGGACAACCUCUUCGUGAGGCGCUGCGGGCUGCACGUCCGCUACCGGCACCGCGAGCAGCUCCGCAACGACUACGGGACGAUUGAGGCAGAAGUGCAGAGAAGAAAGCAGUUAAUCCAUCAGUCGGCAGAACGCAAAGCCAUCAUCGCCAGCCGUUACAAACGAAAACACCCUGAAGUGUACAUUCUUCAGGUAGACACUGGGUUUGAAAUCUGUUUUGCACCCAGGGAGCUGGCUGAGAGUUUAUUUUUGCAGUAGGGAGCCCUCUUAUCAUCGGGAUUAUGCACAGUUUUAGAGCUGUGGCACCCUGGCUCGUUCUCCAGGCAGGAUUCUGCCACGUUUGUAGCCAGAUGAGGGUCAUUCGUUGUUGAAGCUGCACCAGCACCGGGUACUGAGCUCAGAAUACCAUCAGUAUUGGAUCUGAAGCGUCAUUGCGGCACACAGGGUUAGUGAAGGCUGAGGGACAGCUACAGAAAUCAGCGUUUGUGCCCCUAACACACAGAGAAGUUCCGAGUUGCUCUCAGCUGGAGGGUGGCAGCAGGCUGCCUGCCUGUGUGCACUCCCCCCUACCCCCCCAAGUUGCUCUGUUGUGCUGAGGCCAGGACAAGAUGCGAAAUCCUUUAGGAAUGACUUUGCAUUUAUCCAUUAGGUGUCCAUGCUGUGAGUCAGGCUCUUUCCCGUCGCGUUACGGAUAAAUCUGGUCGGUUAUAUUUAGAAAUACCCAUGAACUACAGGAAAACGCAAUUUACUAAACCACUAAAGACAGCAGUAUCAUUUUCCGCCACAAAAGAUUCAUUCCUGGCCCCGGAAUUUUUAGAAAUCGUUAGCUACUGCAGUUCACCAGAUGCUCAUCUCGAUGGCCUCCUGCGCUACACCGAGUCCUUCUCAGAUAAGAGGAUCUAUCGGCUGCCAGUGCUCACGGAGGAGUUCUGCCGAGCCUUUGUUGAGGAGCUGGAGAACUUUGAGCAGUCGGACAUGCCGAAGGGCAGGCCCAACAGCAUGAAUAACUAUGGGGUCUUGCUCAACGAGAUAGGGAUGGAUGAAAACUUCAUCACGCCCCUGCGGGAGAAAUACCUGCGGCCCAUUACGGCUCUGCUUUACCCCGACUUGGGGGGCGCCUGCCUGGACAGCCACAAGGCGUUCGUGGUCAAGUACGCGCUGCACGAAGACCUGGAUCUGAGCUCUCACUAUGAUAACGCAGAAGUCACCUUAAACGUUUCGCUGGGAAAAGACUUCACAGAAGGCAACUUGUACUUCGGGGAUUUCAGACAGGAUCCCAGCCCUGUGCCGAACUACAUCGAGGUCGAACACGUGGGGACGCAGGGGCUGUUACACAGAGGAGGGCAGAUCCACGGGGCGCUCCCCAUCGCCUCGGGGGAACGCUGGAACCUCAUCGUCUGGAUGAGAGCCUCAACCAUCCGCAACCGGCUUUGCCCCAUGUGCAACCAGAAGCCCGAGCUGGUCGAAGCAGAGGGGUUCGGAGACGGCUUCACGGAAACUGAGGAUGACGUGCCUGAGACUGUGGAUCUCUGUUCGCUGUGGUAGCAGGUGGUAGGGCAUGAUUUCUUCGGACCAAGUUGCCUGAAGCUGCUUUCUGUCCUCUCGGGCUGCACUGACAGACUCUGGUGGAUGCGUGAGUCACGUCACAAGUCGCUGUCACCUUGGCAGGGGAUGCAGAACCAGUCCUGCCGGGCUGGGGAAGCCGGCUGCGUCCCCUGCUGGUACUCAGGCAGGCAAGGGCUCCCCCUCGGCGUGGCGUGGUGGAGGGAUGCUUGGAAGAUGUGGAAAGCCUUCAGGUGGAGUCACUGCAAGGGCUCUGUGAAUAUUUUCAGGGGUACAGGAAAAAUAAAUGAAGCUGCUUGGCCUUUGUGGAGACCUCUGUGCCAACAGCAGCAUUGCAAGGCUCUGUAAAUGGAAAAGAACAGUGCAAUAAAACCACAUACCCCACA